AAGCCCUGUGCGGAGUUGCACCUUGACGACGCCGCUGACAGGCAGCCGCUCACUGAUGUAAGCAGCAGCGCGGCUUAAAUGAGCUUCGUUCAGGAGGAGCGUUUCUUAGUUCUGACGCGGACUGAGCCCAGAAAGCGCCUCUCCUCCCGCUCCUGCUCUGUGUUUUUCUCUCUCUCUCCUCCCUCCCUCCUUUGUCUCCAUUAUCACUCUAUCCGCGUGCGCAUUUUUGGAUAGCAUCCUAUCCGCGCGCAUCGUCCCUGCCUCCUCGUCUCUCGUUGCCCGUCUUCGAUGCGCUCCAGCCGAAAGCGGACCGGACUGCGUGAGGUGAGGAUGCCCGGCUGAGGUUCGGAGCGGAGCGGUUCGGAUUUCCAGCUGCCAGUUGCGGGCGCGCUUCUCUGUGAUGGAUUUACUGUUGCUGGAAAGUUGGAUGUUCGUGACCCGGUUUACAAUGCCCAGAUCAGGGGGAGAUUUUUGAGAAGAGGGCGCUUUGGAAUUGCACCGGGAGGAGAGAUGCACAGAGCGUGGAUUCUCUUCUUUCUGAUAGAAGAGGGCUUUGCACUGGCACAGAGAACUAAAGACUCCCCAGGCGACCCCGGCGGCCAGAGCCCCGGCCAAAACGACUGCGGCACGUGGGUCCGCAACAUCAACGGCGGGGUGUUCAUGUCACCGAACUACCCCAACACCUACCCACCCAACAAGGAGUGUGUUUACAUCCUGGAAGCUCUCCCCAGACAGAGGAUCCAGCUGGCUUUCGAUAAGAACUACUACAUCGAGCCGUCGUUCCAAUGUCGCUUCGACCACAUCGAGAUCCGCGACGGGCCGUUCGGCUUCUCCCCGAUCAUCGACCGCUUCUGCGGAGGGAAGAACCCGGGCCUCGUCACCUCCACCGGCCGCUUCAUGUGGAUCAAGUUCACCAGCGACGAGGAGCUGGAGGGCCUCGGCUUCCGCAUUCAGUACACCUUUGUUGCCGACCCAGACUUCCAUCUGCACGUGGGCGGACUGCUGAACCCCAUCCCAGACUGUCAGUUUGAGAUCGGCGGCUGGGACGGGAUUAUUCGCUCCAGUCAGGUGGAGGAGGAGGAGCGGGUAAAGCCUGGUGAUGCUCUGGACUGCAUCUGGACCAUCAGGGCGCCGCCCCAGUCCAAGAUUUACCUGCGCUUCAUGGAUUACCAGAUGGAACACUCAAACGAGUGCAAGAAGAACUUUGUGGCCGUGUACGACGGCAGCAGCGCCAUCGAGAACCUCAAGGCCAAGUUCUGCAGCACCGUGGCCAACGACCUGAUGCUGGACAACGGCGUGGGAGUCAUACGGAUGUGGGCCGACGAGAAGAGCAGGCUGAGCCGCUUCCGCAUGCUGUUCACCUCCUACAUCGACCCUCCCUGUACGGCCAAUACGUUCUUCUGCCACAGCAACAUGUGCAUCAACAACACCCUGGUGUGCAACGGGAUCCAGAACUGUGUCUAUCCAUGGGAUGAAAACCACUGCAAAGAGAAGCGUUCCAAGGGGCUUUUCCAUCAGAUUACCAAGACCCACGGCACCGUUAUCGGAGUUUCCUCAGGCAUAGUUCUUGUUCUUCUUAUUAUUUCCAUUUUGGUCCAAAUGAAGCAGCCCAGAAAAAAGGUGGUGGCUCGGCGACCUGGUGUCUUCAACAAGGCUGGAUUCCAGGAGGUCUUCGACCCGCCCCACUACGAGCUCUUCUCUCUCCGCGACAAGGAGAUGUCCUCAGACCUUGGCGAUCUUUCCGAGGAGUUGGACAGCUUCCACAAGGUGCGUCGCUCCUCCACCAUGUCGCGCUGUGUCCACGAGCACCACUGUGGCUCCCAGGGCUCCGUAGCCACCGGAGGCGGCGGCGGUGGCGGAGGGAGCAUGAAGCACAGCAGAACUACGCUGAGCUCCAUGGAACUGUCCUACCACAACGACUUCUCCAAGCCCCCUCCCAUGAAGACCUUCAACUCCACGUCCACCUACAAGAAGAGCUGCUACGGCUACAAGCAGCACUCACAGACUCAUGACUGCGACCAGCAGGUCAUUGAGGACCGCGUCACCGAGGAGAUUCCAUGCGAGAUUUACGGCCGUGGCGCAGUGGGACUAGUCGGAGGAGCGACCGUCGGAGGAGCAAUGGGAGGAUCGAUGGGAGGAGCGAUGGGCGGGGCGAUGGGAGGAGCGAUGGGAGGAGGCGGCCCAUCGGGAAUUGCUGGAGGAGGGAUUACAGGCGGAGUGUCCAUGGCUGGCGGGAUGGGCAUGGUAAGCGGAGUGAGCAUGGCCGGGCCCAGUGGGAUAGCUGGAGGUAUUGGCGCCGGGAUGGCGGGCGCCUGCGGAACCCUCAGUGUUCGGGGGACCAGCGCUCGCAACAGUACCACCAUAGUUGACCCACAGCAGCGCUCCAUAUCCAUGGACUUCUAGAUCCCGAAGGCUAAACGGGAAACACAGACCUUGCAUUUCCUUUAUGGAAUAAAAAGUUACAGAAGGUCGAAAGCCCCACAUAAACAGACCAACCCCUGCUUCCUCCCACUCCUCUCGUCUAUAGGUAACUUUUUGUUGGGUUCUUUUUUUUUUUUUUGAGUUAAUACACAAGGACCUCUCAAAUUCACAUGGAGCCUUUGGAAGAAUGGAAGCUAUUAGAGCAACAAAAUGGACCAAACUACUCAUUUUUUGAUACUGAUGGACCUCCAGUGAAGACAACAUAAAGACAUUCUGCCUCUUCACUUGUCUUUCACUUAAUCUCUACUUCCACCUGAAACUUGUUGGAAAAUGUCCUCGCAUGCAGAGCCAGACUUCUCUCCAUUGGGUUUCUUGGUGACUCCAACGGGACAGAAGGGGACUGUGAGACAUGCUACAGGCAGACAGUUACAUUUAUUCACCUGCCAGGCACAAAUAUAUAUGAUCUAUAGUGCAUCUUCUAAUAAUUUAUAUCCUUUUGAUUUAUCUUGUUGGUCAAUGUACUGUACUGUUGAAACCAGAAUAUAUCCAGCCUCAUGGUGUUGCUUGGCUUUUUACUCUUUCGUUUGUUAAAAUUGUUGCUGCCCUGAUUUCAUAGAGGUGGAUUAUCAGUGGCACAAAUCUGAUCAAUGAAAUAAAACGAUUGCAAUGUUAUGUCAAUAUAAUAAUGAUGUAGUUUCCAUGGUUACCUCACAGGGGAUACCCAUCACUCUCCUCAGGGUGAGCACAUGAAGAGACUGUCCUGUUUGGGUAAGAAAUGUAGAAACAGAGAUUAUUUGAGGUGUGUGAAGUUUGUGAACAAUGAUUUAUGGAACAUGAAGCUCUUAGCUGGGAGAAUCCGAGUCAAAAUAAGCAACAUUCCCGAACCCUGCAUUUCUAAUGGGGUGGGGGGAUAUAUAUUUUUUCUCUCUUUCUCCACGACCCGAUUGUGUAAAACAAGCACAAGCCUUCUCCCUGAGUGACACAUGUAGCCUGUAUUAGACUCAUUUAUGUUUUUUAACCACUUGUUGUAUAAUUUCAUUCUGUUGAAUUAAACGAGAGCUUACUCACAUCCUCGA